AAAACCUAUCGCGUCCACCCGGGGUAUUGAUGAUUUAUUCUAUAUCAAUUACAUAAUAAAUCACUUCAGGUACCAAUAAUUGAAAAUAGCAAAUGCCAGGAAAUGAUUCAUAAACUCGGUUAUACCAAGAUGAUAUUGCCGUCAACAUUGUGCGCAGGAUAUGAUGAAGGUGAAAAAGAUUCAUGUGAAGGUGAUUCUGGGGGACCCUUGGUUGUACAAAGACCAGAUAAACGAUGGGAGCUUGCCGGCACUGUAUCAAGUGGUAUAAAAUGUGCAGCACGAUUUCUGCCUGGUAUUUAUAUGCGUACGUCGUAUCAUCGAUUUUGGAUCGAGAGUAUUAUUGGAGUUGCGAAUGACGAAAAAAAUUACAUGAGCACUGGAAGAAGGAUAUAAAUACAUGUACAAAGAAGAUUUCUCAGUAGACUGUAUUUUUUACAGUAUUUUCUUACAAACUGUCUCCACUCGUAUUUACGCAUUCUGCUCCAAGUUUUGUGAUAGCAACUGGAAGGCGCGCAAAGUUCGAUUUGAUGAACGCCAUUUCGGCUUUGAUGGUUUUGCUUUUCGCUGCUGUUUUAUCUUCGAGAACGUAUUUUGCAUCAUCUUCGGGAUUAAGUCCUUUGAAAAAUUUUAUAAUUGCAUAGAAAUUAUCGGCGUAAUAUUAUUACGUAUUGAUGCAGACAUAAGUCAAAAU